GAAACUUCGAAACAUCGCAUUGUCAAUACAAUGAAAUGAUAUUUAUAGCUCAACAUGUAACUUCAGAGCAUAGACGUUCAGGACUCGUCCUACCACCAACACAUCCUUGCUUGAAUUUUAUUAAAAAAAUACCACUACAAAAAUGAUGAAAAUUACUCUGUUCGCUCUGGCCGCUCUUGCAGUAGCCUGCGCUCAGGAAGCAGCGCCGCCCGUAGUAGCCGCGGCCCCCGCUGUUCAGAUUGUCAAGCAAGUUGACGAUGUUGAUGUGGACAAAUACAACUUUGAGUUCGAGACUAGCGACGGAACUUCAAGGCAGGAGACUGGCGAGUACAAGAACGACACGGAACAACAGGGUCUGGUCGUGAGGGGAAGCUACAAGUACGUUGCUCCGGAUGGCCAGCACAUCGCAGUCACCUACCUCGCCGACAAGAAUGGCUACCAGCCUAAUGAAGAAGCCGGCGACAAGGCCCAGGCUCCCGCUGCCCAAGCUCCCGCUGCCGAAGCUCCCGCUGCCCCAGCUCCUGAAGCCUAAACUCCCACCAAAGAAGAACGAAGUUCCACAAAAUAUUCGCUGAAACCAAAAAUAUAACGCUUGAAAGGGAUAUUUGGUCCCCAUAUAAUAACACUGCCAAAUAAAUUUGCAACUGCCUACCAAAGGGU